AUGGCUCCCGUUGCGAAAUUCAGCUCCGCGCUCGAAUCCUGUUCUUACCAAAGUCCCGAUGGCGGUUCCGCAUAUGCUCCUCUUCGUGAGAAAAUGAUUUGUGCAGCCACCGCAAUGGGGUACGACACAGCGACCAUGGUUGAAUGCGGAAUUAAUUGGGCCGAAGAUCACGAUACACUUCAUCACGCAAAGAUUUCGGCAUACUUACAAUUCAUAAAUCAAUGCAGAAUCCGGGAAUUUUUGUCAUUCGAACCUUUUGUGGGCAAAGAGAAAUUUCAAGACAUGAUAAGGUUUCGUGGUAUUGGUUUUUUUAUUAGGAAUUUCACGGUUGAUUUGAAGAGGCCUGUGAAAUUUCCUGAUUCGUUGAUUGUCGCAAGUCAUAUCACUGAAGUCUUCCCAGAUCGCUAUGUUACUAUUACGUCUAUGUGGUCUUUGGUCCAACAAGUCAUCGUUGCAGACUUUAAAGCAAGUGUGUUAUUCUUUGAUUAUGGACGAAAUGUACCAGCGAAUUUGCUUGAGGCUGGGGGUGUCUAUAAGGAUUUAUAUGAAGCUUUGAAAGAACGAUCAGCACGGGAAGUGGCGAUAGCUGCAAAAUGGGAGGAAGAACAUCCUAAAAAAUCGAAGGCUGUUCUGUAA